UUGGUUGGAUGACUGGCUGACUGGCUGGAUGGUUGUAUGUGAGAAGGUGUAGAACGGUAGCCUAGCUGGCUGUUGUGGUGGAUGUGGGGAAAGUGAGCGAGGGACAGUGGGGACUGGGGCAAUAGGCAAAAGGAAGAGGGAUCAGAUAAAAGUGACAGAUAUGACGGAGAGGAUCGCAUCUUGCGGAAGCCUUGAUAACGCUUCUCUCCUGCUACAGUAUUGCAACGGCAGCUGAAGAGUAUGGAGAACAUUGCGUUUCGUCAGUGGCCAGAAAAUAUGAUUUUGAGCCGUCCACUUACUGCCAGAGAAGAUGAUCACCUGUCUGCGGGGAGCGCCAUGGAGGUGGACGACCGUCUGUCCCACCUGGAGCAGCGGCUGCAGCUGCAGGAGGACGAGAUCCAGCUCCUGAAGGCUGCGCUGGCCGAUGCCCUACGCAGGCUCGGCCUCUGCGAGGAUCAGACGCAGCCCGGGCCGCGCAGGCCUGCACCCACCAAAGUCCGCCAGCUGUUGCAAGCCUUACCCUCCAAGCCUGUGAGCAAUGGGUAUGUCCAACAGAAGAGACUUGGAGGGUACCCCUCCUCGCCUUCUUCACCCAAAAAGGAGGUGCUGAUGUCCAUCAAAAGGAAGAGCAUGUCCACUGAGCGCCUGUCCACUUCUCGGAGGGACCUCUCGGACCCGCGCAGCAGGACCACCUCCUCCAGCAGCUCUGGCGGAGGCAAGAGAGACAGCAAGUCAAAAGAAUGCACACUCAACGCAGAAGAUGGAUACGUGCGCAUGUUCCUGCGUGGCCGUCCGGUCACCAUGCACAUGCCUGAUGACCAGAGGGACAGUUACAGCCUUGACCAGAAGGUGGUGCUGCCAGACCGCAAGCUCAAACUGCAGUGGGUAUAUGGCUACCGGGGCCGCGACUGCCGCACCAACCUGUACCUGCUGCCCACGGGCGAGAUUGUGUACUUCAACGCCUCUGUGGUGGUGCUAUAUAACGUGGAGGAGCAGCAGCAGCGACACUAUCUGGGACACAACGAUGACGUCAAGUGCUUGGCCAUCCACCCAGACAUGGUCACCAUCGCAACAGGACAAGUAGCUGGAACUUCUAAAGACGGCAAGGCCCUGGCCCCUCAUGCCCGUGUGUGGGACUCGGUCAGCCUCAACACCCUUCAUGUCAUCGGGAUGGGCGUGUUCGACCGCGCCGUGACCUGUGUGGCCUUCUCCAAGUCGAACGGAGGGGCACACUUGUGUGCUGUGGAUGACGCCAACGAUCACAUCCUGUCUGUGUGGGACUGGCAGAAGGAGAAGCAGCUGGCCGAAGUCAAGUGCUCUAAUGAUUCCGUGCUGGGAGCCGCCUUCCACCCCAUGGAGGCCAGCUUGAUCGUCACCUGCGGGAAAUCCCACAUCAACUUCUGGACCAUGGAGGGCAACACUCUGACCAAGAGGCAAGGCCUGUUUGAGAAACACGAGAAGCCCAAGUACGUGCUGUGUGUGGCUUUUGCUGAAAAUGGAGACGCCAUCACCGGAGACUCGAGUGGCAACAUCUACGUCUGGGCCAAAGGUGGGAACAGGAUCAGUCAUGCGGUGUCGGGCGCCCAUGAGGGCGGGAUCUUCUCCCUGUGCGUGCUGAAGGACGGCACGCUGGUGUCGGGCGGAGGCAAAGACCGACGGGUCGUCCACUGGGACCACGAGUACCAUAAGCAGGCCGAGACCGAGGUUCCCGAGGCGUUUGGGCCUGUGCGCUCCCUGGCGGAGGGGAAGCAGGAGGAGUUGUUUGUGGGCACGACCCGUAACGCCAUCCUGCAGGGCUCUUUCUCCGGGGCACUUUCGCCCAUCGUACAGGGCCACACAGAUGAGCUGUGGGGUCUGGAUGUGCAUCCCAGCAUGGAACAGUUUGUGACGUGCGGCCAGGACAAGCAGGUCCACCUGUGGGACACCACCUCCCACCAGCCCCUAUGGAGCAAAGCCAUCGAGGAUCCCGCACGUUGUGCAGGGUUCCACCCCAGCGGUGCUGUGUUGGCUGUUGGCACCAUGACAGGACGAUGGGUGGUGCUGGACACUGAGACCAGAGACCUGGUGUCUGUGCACACUGAUGGCAAUGAGAUCAUCUCUACUGUGAAGUACUCACCAGACGGGGCGUACUUGGCUGUGGCGUCCCAUGAUAACUUUGUGUACAUCUACUCCGUGACUGACAACGGCAGGAAGUACAGCCGUGUGGGGAAAUGCACUGGACACUCCAGCUUUGUGACCCAUUUGGAUUGGUCCGCCAACAGCCAGUUUAUUGUCACCAACUCAGGAGACUACGAGAUCCUAUUCUGGGAAGCGUCCAGUGGUAAACACAUCACCAGCGCCGAUGCUGUACGCAACCUGGAGUGGGCCACCUCCACCUGUGUCCUGGGCUUCAGCGUGUUUGGCAUCUGGCCCGACGGUGCUGAUGGAACUGACCUCAACGCCGUGUGCCGGUCACACGAUGGUGCUCUACUGGCAUCUGCCGACGACUUCGGCAAAGUCCACUUGUUCUCCAGCCCCUGUUCCCAGCCCAGGGCUCCCAGCCAUCAGUACGGUGGCCACAGCAGCCACGUAACCAACGUUGCCUUUCUCCACGAUGACAGUCACCUCAUCUCUACAGGAGGGAAGGACACAAGUAUCCUGCAGUGGGUGUUAGCCUAGCCUAGCCUAAUCCUAGCGCUAGAACUAGCUUGGAAAACCCAGGGAAAACCUGAAGUAAAAAUCUGCUGCAUUUUCACUGUAGCCUCCUGCCCAGUAGAGGGCAGCACUGCUGUGCCUAACCCCUCCCCCAUUCACCUGUUAGUCCUCCCAGCCGCCUCUGUAACUAUCUGAGUGUUCUGCCGAAGAGCCACCAGAGGGAGUACUGGAUCAGGAAGAGAAGCAUGUCCCAACUUUCCACAAACUAUUUAAAGGCUAUUUAAAGAACAUAAGGUUUUAGCUGCUGAUUGCUGUUGUGUUGCAUUGGCCGAUAGAGAUAUAUGUGCAGUAUGCAGUAAUAUCAUAGAGUGACCAUGGUAUUUUAAUAUUCAGAAGUGAAGAAUGUAGUUGUGGCACCUUAUUAGCAUUCUAUAGCAGUUGAGCUUAAGCUGUGCUUUGCCUUUUUUGUUUUGUUAAUAAAGUUUCUACAAUGAUCUGA